CCUCCUCCUCCUCCCUGCCUGCUGUGCACAGAAGCAGCCCUCCGAGCAGAGGGCUGAGCAAACAGCGAGCGGCCGGGGCAAUGUCCGAGCCCUGCCCCCUGGCUGACUGAGCACGGCCACCUGGGGACACCGGCACGGCCCCUCAGACAUCACCUGUCCCUCUGUGUGUGGGUGAGGACAAGCAGGGACAUCUCCCGGGACAGCAGGACAUCCCCUGCCAGGCCAUGGCAGCCCAGCCGGCCGGGGGCCAGAAGCCCCAGAAGCCCUUCCACAUCGUUACACCCGUCCUGGAGAGCCUGUCCCUCUCCAAGGCCGCGGGCACCAAGGUCUUCAUGAAGAUGGAGAACGUCCAGCCCUCGGGAUCCUUCAAGAUCCGAGGCAUCGGGCACCUGUGCCAGGCCGCUGCCAGGAAGGGCUGCCGCCACUUCGUCUGCUCCUCAGGAGGGAACGCGGGGCUGGCGGCGGCGUUGGCAGCGCGGGAACUGGCGGUGCCCAUCACCGUGGUGGUGCCCAGCAGCAGCGGCCCCACCGCCGUGCACAAGCUGCAGGAGCUGGGAGCCACCGUCGAGGUCUACGGCAAGGUGUGGGAUGAUGCCAACAGCAGAGCCCAGGAGCUGGCUAAGACAGAGGGCUGGGUCAUCAUCCACCCCUUCGACCACCCCUUGGUGUGGGAGGGUCACGCCAGCCUGGUCCGGGAGCUGAAGGACUCUCUGGAGGACAAGCCCGGCGCCAUCGUGGUGGCGGUGGGUGGCGGGGGGCUGCUGGCCGGGGUGGUGGCCGGCCUGCAGCAGGUGGGCUGGCAGGAUGUCCCCGUCAUCGCCGCCGAGACGCUGGGCGCUCACAGCUUCCACGAGGCGCUCAAGGCCGGCCGGCUCGUCACCCUGCCCGACAUCACCAGCGUGGCCACCUGCCUGGGAGCCAAGACGGUGGCGGCGCGGGCGCUGGAAUGUGCCCGGGAGUGCCAGGUGAUCUCGCAGGUGGUGCGGGACGAGGAGGCCGUGAGGGCUGUGCAGCAGUUCCUGGACGAGGAGCGGGCGCUGGUGGAGCCGGCGUGCGGAGCCCCCCUGGCCGUGCUGUACUCGGGGCGGCUGCAGCGGCUGCAGAGCGAGGGCCGGCUGCCGAGCCCGCUGCGCCCCGUGCUGCUCGUGGUGUGCGGCGGCAGCAACAUCCACACGGGCGGGCUGCGGGCCCUGCAGAGCCAGCUGGGGCUGCACUGACGCCCGGCAGAGCCCGCCUGGCACGCCCGGCUCGCUUUCCUUCCCAAAGAACGGAAAUAAAGCUUGGCAACGCG